UACUAACUGGUAUUUUCAAACUUAAAUUUCUGUAGUAAAAUCAGUAUCAAACUUAUCAGAAAUCAAGGAAAACAGGCAAUGCAUAUAAACAUACUUUGGAAUGUUGUGUGGCCUAUAAAGCAAUAAUGCAAUUUAUAUGGAAUGUCAUGGGAUAUGAGAAAUGGAAAUGCAAAAAUAACUAAUCCUUUAGUAAAAAUGUCAACCUGUUAAAAGGGGAAUGUUAACUAAUGUAGGUUAUUGCUAUUUGUGAUUUGUUUAUGGGUUCUUGGCUUUGACAGCUUCAAAGAAUGGACAGAUGACAAGUUAAAGAAAUUUUGUAUAUAUUGUCAAGGAAUGGGUCUUAUAUCCAAGGGUCAAGUCCCUUCCUUGGGGUGAAAAAUGUAUCCUUAAAUGCAUUCUGAUUGUUAGAGUUACCUAACCAAAACAGACGCAAGAUUUUGUUUCUGCAGACUACUUGGCAAUCAAAAGUGAUCGUAAAUUUAAUCAGUUUUCAGAAAGUUGCUUUGUGAGAAAAUUGUAUUGAAUAUAUUCUUUAUAUGGAAGAUUUUUGGCCAUUGCAACUAAAUCAGAUGUUAAAGAUGAAGGAGAGAUUGAGCACAAAAAGAGUGGUUGCACACUCAUGAUGGCAGUUGUUGCAUCAUGAGAAAUUUACCAAUUACUGCAAGUCUGAUUUAACAAAAUAUAUUUUCCUUGUGAUAAAAUAUGAAGAACAGAAAUGGAUUGAUGGGGGUGAUCUGGGGUAUUCACUUGUAUAUAAGAUAUUUGAAAAGACUUAUUUAAUAUCAGGGUGAACAUCAUGCUAGUUGGGCAAAAUUGUCACAUUCAGGACAGCUUUUUUGACUUAAGUAAAAAAAUCACUUACCAGAAACAGCAGAUCACCUUGUUUUAUUACAAAGUAAGUAUGACAUGUAGUCUAUUUUAAGGGGAGAAAUGAAAAAGCAGAAGGCAUUUGUGCAUUUAGGAGAGAGCGAUAGAGUAAAUGAUUGCUCAGGUUUCUAAAACUUCAAGAAUACCCACAUGACCAUUUUCUCCCCAGUGAUGUAUAUAAAAUUUUUAUCAGCAUAGGAAUUCUGUGGUGGGUAUAAAAUGAAUGAACUUAAGUAACAAUACAUACAAUGAACAGACUUCUGGGGAUGAUGUAUAGUACUAAUUACUCAGUAAUCAUACCACUCAAUAGGGCAUGCCACUACUUUUUCAGAUGCUAAUUAUAAACCAAUGUUCAAAGAUGUUUUUAACUGUGGGCAAAUUAGUAGAUAGACAUUUUGGUCUGUCACUUUUUAAAGUACUUAAGAUACAAGUUCUAUUAGCACCACAGUCUGCCUUCAGUAAUACACCUAAAAUAUUUUUCACGACCAGCAGCAUUUAGUUUGGAAAAACAACUCUUUUUUACAAAUGCAAAACAGUAUUAAAACUAAUGCUCUGGUCCAAGAUUAGGUUUUUAAUGAUAUUAACAGUCUGAUAAACAUUUAGAAGUCUGGCAUGAGAAACAAAAGCUUGUACCUGAUUAGUAUUUUUAUUUAAAAAAUAAUAGUUCUGUUAGCUUAUUUAAAUUCUCUUACAUUUAUUUAUCCAUAGAAUUUAUAUUUAUUUCAUUCCUUUUAUCUCCCUGAAAACUGUCUGCAGGCUCUUUGAUUUGGAUUAGAUGUGUGAAGUACUGUCUUUUGCCAAAAACCUCAAAUUACUUGUUCUUUUCAACGUAGUGGGUUUGUGCUUGUUUGGAGAUCAGUUCAAAACCUAUCUGUACUAUCUGUACUGCCUCUGAUGUUAAGAUUUUAUGUAUAGCAUAAGGAAGCUAGCUCUGACUAUAUUUUCCUAAGAAUAAAGACCUAUUUUUGUAGCAUG